AUGGUGCAAUCGCUCAGGAUGGUCGCGCGGCUGGCAGCCCUAGUUGCGGCGCUGGUGUCGGUCGCCCUGGUGCCCAACGUGGCGCUGGCGACUGAUACAGAGGAGUCGAUGCCCGGCGUCGUCGAUCUUGAUUCCUCCAACUUCGACACGGUGGUGACGGGGGCCAAGGGCGCGUUUGUGGAGUUCUACGCCCCGUGGUGCGGCCACUGCAAGCACCUCGCGCCGGAGUUCAAGAAGCUCGGUGCCGCCGUGACCGCGGACGCGUCGCUGCGCUCGCGUGUCACGAUCGGCAAGGUCAACGCGGACACGCACCGCGCGCUCGGGCAGAAGUUCGGCGUCCAGGGCUUCCCGACGCUGAUGUACUUCCCCCGGGGGGUCCGCCCGACGUCCGACAAGGACGCCGUGCCCUACAACGGCGCGCGCUCGGCGGGCGCGAUCGCCGACUGGAUCCGCGACCAGCUCGCGGACGACGAGGACUUUGCGCGCGUGGCCGACCUGGACGAGCUGGCCAUCGACUUCCUGGCGGGCAAGCAGGGCGACGCGCUCGAGGGCGCGCAGGCGUACGCCGCGGGCAAGACCGGCGACGAGAAGGCCAACGCGGAGGCCUACGUCGCGAUCAUGAAGAAGAUCAUCGACAAGGGGAGCGAGUACCCGGCCAAGGAGCGCGCGAGGCUGGGCCGCGUGCUGGCGAGCGGGAGCGUGGCCGCGGACCGGCUGCAGGCGAUGCGCCGCAAGCACUCCGUCCUCGGCGCCUUCGUCGACGACGAGGAGUAG